AUGCCGUCUCGAUCUGACCGUCUUCCACCCAUCCCUCCGAUCUCGAAUUCUACCACCGUCGCCAUUCCUCUUCGCCCUGCACAACACCCCGGAUUGGAGAGUAGCCCGCGCCGUCCAGUUCGGCCCCGAGAUGCUCCAAAUAUGGCUCCUUUAAGUGGCAGCGCGCCUAAGAACCCGCAUCAUCAAGGACAUUCACGGUCUAUCAGCAAUCCGUUCGCGGGGUUUGGACGAAAGCGGGACAAGACACCUGUCAAUCAUGAAGCCUGGGACUCGGAUGAUGAUGACGAUGAUGAGGUGACCUUCUCUCAGGAACCCCAGUCAACGAGUCCCCGGAAAGGCGGUCAUCGUGGAGGAUCUGCGAAUGAUCUCGCCGAGGGGAAAUGCCAGACAUGCGAUGCCACUGUGCGGUGGCCCCGAGAAUCGACCGUUUUCAGAUGUACGGACUGUUUGAUGGUUACGGAUCUUGCACCAGAAGCCCACGAGUCGAGGGAUGUGGAUGAUCAUAGCCGAAGAGCUCCUCCAGGGUCUCAAGGCCAGCCAUCUAAGCUGGCUAAGAAAGUACUUCCUUUGUCUGCCAAUCAGACCCGAGGGAUGAUUGCUGGAUGUCUCAAUAUCUACUUUGAUAGUCUCUUGGACAAUGGCUCUCGGUCAUGGGUCUCGCUGGACGACGACAAAUACGAAAAGCCGCUGCCCGAUUUACCGCCAUUACAAGAUCACGAGUCUGGCCCAAACCAUCUGUUGGUUCCACCUGCUGGAAAUAAUCGAACCCGUAGUGCAUCUCAGUCAAGUGACCUCGAAAAAGAUGUCUCGUCGAAGGAGAAUGUGACUUGCUUGACCCCGCAGGCUGUCCGAUGGGAGGGGGAUGACACGCGCGCCAGAGCUCGUGCCAACUCUGACCACAACCCACCGGCAAAGCCAGAUGCUCAUCCACAAAGCGGCCCACAACCUGCAAAAGCAGGGCCCCAAAGCCGUCAUCCCCGGCCAUAUGUCUUUGAUGCCUUGGAAAAUAGCAUCAUAGAUGCUUUCAAGGGUUGCGAAUGUCUGAAUGAAUCUUUCACGACCCAUCCUCCGCCUCGUUCAGCUCGAUCGGCUAGCAGCGGUAACCCACCCAGAAUGAGGAUGGAAUCAAUUACCAUGCCCGAGCCAGCAGCAGAUGCACCUGUAUUUGAACCAGAUGCCAAAACUUUGCUCUUGGGUGAUGUGACUGAGAACUCGGCUUGGUGGAUGAACGAGUGGGCAGAGGCUGAAGGUCAGAACCCUGCAUACAGCAAAGAAAAAAGCAGCCCAUCAAAAUCCCGGAUGGUAUCCUCGCGGAGCCCUCGCAUCAACUGGACAGAGGUGGGCCAAUGGUACCACUCUGUGCUGUCUGCAGGGAGCUCUUGGUCAGAGCAAUGGGCGGCCAAAAAGCCUGACCCAACACGCUCAGAAGCGGAUUUGAUAAGGGCUAAAAGAUGGGCAGCUAUUGACCCGUCGUUGGUUGGUCGAAAGAUCAGCGAGUCUCGUUCGCACUUGCAACGCACGCUUUUGAAGGCCACCGAGAACCUUCUCAAGAGGCCGCGUCGCGUGUUAAAACGACCGGAAGAUACCCGGUUCCUGUUCAUCUUGUUGGCGAAUCCCAUUUUGUCUUCACCCACAUCUUACCCCCAGCACACAAUGCCCUCGGCUUCACACCGAGAAGAAAGGCGGCCGUCACACCCAAAAGACUACCCAAAGCCAGGAGCUAGAGAUGGAAAACAUCCACCCAAAGAGCCGCCAAAGGCACCUGCUCGUCAAGAGAGCCUCAAUCAUCACUAUGGGCUUGUGAAACGAAUCCUGGGCCUCAUGUCAAACUUGCCUAAUGACUGCCAUCACUACUUUGUGUCAUGGGCCUCGCGGUUUUCUGUGAGGCAUUUUGAACGACUAGUGGAGCUAGUUGGUGGCUUCCUUGCAUACCGACUAAGUCGCCAGCAUGGCCGAAAGCGCCCAGAGAAACCACAAAGUGGAGAUGAUCUGAUCCCCAGCUUUGCUAGUGCAUCGGGGAAUACACCAGCCGAGCUCCAUGCUGCUAUCAAUCGAAGGGGUCCGAACAAAAAGCCCGUCAAGAAAACAGAAGCCCCCAUAGUGUACACAGAGGACUGGCAAAUCAGAGCAGCAGCUAGGGUCAUGUCGCUCUUCUUUUCGGCAAACAUCUCCACCGCCACGAAGAAGUCUGACGGGUCUCCGCGCAGCCUUGAAUCCCCCAAGAAUCCAGGUCCUCGUCAGGGCCACAUUGUGCCCAUCAGUACAUUCUACAGCACUUUACUGGAUUACUCGGAUCUUGUGGCCGAUUUCGAGACCUGGGAGUCGAAAAGCUCGAAGUUCUCGUUCUGCCAGUAUCCAUUCCUGCUCAGCAUAUGGUCCAAGAUCCAUAUCAUGGAACAUGAUGCUCGCCGUCAAAUGGAAGCAAAGGCGCGCGAUGCUUUCUUUGAUAGCGUUCUUGGCCACAGAGCUGUCAGUCAAUACCUUGUGUUGAAGGUACGACGCGAGUGUCUGGUUGAAGACAGUCUCAAGGGAGUGAGCGCGGUCGUUGGCACUGGACAAGAAGAAAUCAAGAAGGGUCUCCGGAUUGAGUUCUUGGGCGAAGAGGGCAUUGACGCAGGUGGUUUGCGGAAAGAAUGGUUCCUCUUACUCGUCCGAGAGGUCUUCGAUCCACACCACGGUCUCUUCAUCUACGACGAUGAUUCGCAGUAUUGCUAUUUCAACCCCUACUGUUUCGAAUCUUCCGAGCAGUUCUUCUUGGUUGGAGUUCUUCUGGGCCUGGCCAUCUACAACUCUACAAUUCUCGAUAUUGAUCUUCCUCCGUUUGCAUUCAAGAAGUUGUUGGCGUCGGCACCGUACAGCGGUGGCCUACAAACAUCAACCUCGCGCUCAAGCUUCAAAUGCACACUGGAAGAUCUCGCUGAAUAUCGACCAGUCCUCGCCAAAGGACUGCGAGGUCUAUUAGAGUUCGAAGGCGACGUUGCUGAAACCUUCUGCUAUGACUUUGUCGCACAGACUGAUCGCUACGGCGAAAUUGUCAAUGUGCCACUUUGCCCCAAUGGCGAAAAUCGACCUGUGACCAACUCCAACCGGCGCGAAUUCGUUGACAUGUAUGUGAGCUACCUCCUCGACUCAGCCGUAGCUCGGCAAUUCGAGCCUUUCAAACGCGGCUUCUUUACUGUGUGCGGUGGAAACGCACUGUCGCUAUUUCGACCAGAGGAAAUUGAACUCCUCAUCCGUGGCUCAGACGAACCACUCGACGUGAAUUCUCUCCGGGCCGUGGCCACAUAUGACAACUGGUCCCACUCACGACCAGAAACUCUCCCCGUGGUCCGAUGGUUCUGGGAAUUCUUCGAAAACGCACUGCCUCAAGCGCAGCGCAAGAUUCUGUCGUUCAUCACCGGCAGUGAUCGAAUCCCCGCGAUGGGAGCUACGAGUCUUACAAUUCGCCUUGCUUGUCUUGGUGAUGAGACUAGUCGCUACCCGAUUGCCCGUACCUGUUUCAACACACUGGGUCUGUACCGCUACUCUUCUCGUGAGAAAUUCCAGCAGCUCCUGUGGGAUGCUGUUGUCAAUAGCGAAGGAUUUGGGCUGAAGUGA